CCAUCAAAUGGGACGAGAAAAUAUUGUAAAAGGUGUCCCAUCUUCUCCCACCCUAAUAUAAAAUAAUUAAAUGGUGUUUUAUAGCAAAACUGCUGUCGUAAAAAAAAACAUGAAUGGGGUGUUAGGUGGAAACGUACGUAAAGAAAUCUUAAUCGUUUCUCUUGCGUUGGUUUUUACAACUUUUAUGGUUACUACACUAUUCCUUGGAGAGCGUUCGAAACUAUCAGAACGGAAAUUCCCAUGGAGAUUACAAGAACAAUUAAUAAACUCACCUGGAGCUUAUAAUAAACACACAAUUCAUGCCAUUACCUCGACGUAUGCAAGACUAACCCAGAAGGCGGAUUUAACAAGGUUGAUGCAAACUUUAAUGCAUCUACGUAACUUCCAUUGGAUUGUAGUCGAAGAUUCGGAAGAAAAAACUACGCUGGUGUCGAAGCUUUUGAAGAAAUCGGGUUUGCAUUACACUCAUCUUAAUAUAAAGAACACUGAACAGCAUCUUUUUGUGAAACACUUGCAAACGACCAACGCAGCUUUGGCUUGGGUUAGAAAACACAUUGAACCCGAUGAAGGAGUGGUUUAUUUUAUGGACGACGAUAAUACUUAUGCUUUAAAAGUGUUUGAGGAUAUGAGAACAACUAAAUUAGCUUCUGUGUGGCCGGUUGGACUCUCUGCUGAUUUAAUUGUUGAAGGCCCAGUUCUUUGUAAAGAUAACAGAGUUGUAACAUGGAGAGCACUUUGGGAACCUGAUCGUAAAGUACCGAUUGAUAUGGCCGGCUUUGCCAUUAGCACUGCUCUUUUGCGCCAGCACCCGGACGUGUAUUUUAUUGAUAUAGAACCACUGGAGUCGCAGUUUCUGGCCGAUCUUGGUUUGACGAAAGAUAAAAUGGAACCAAAAGCAAACAACUGUACUGAAAUAAAUGUUUGGCACACACGAACUACAAAGUAUAUUCCGCGUUUGGAGGACGAGGCUUUGAAACUCGGACCUGAGUUUAACCCGAACGUGGAAGUAUAAACGUCGUCGCAUUAUACGAACAAUUUAUGUAUCUUUAAGCUGAAUAAAUACUUGCUUUAUC